GCAUGAUUUAGGAAAUUGAUGGACAGUGGCUUUUAUGCGUACCAUUUGAACUGCUGCAAUUUCUGAGCACUGUUUGCUACAUUUUAGGCAUCAAAUAUGGCUGAAAAUGAAGGAGAAAGCGUUGUCUGUGAGAAUGUCAUCAUGAAAGAGAACAUCCCAGAUGAGAAGCCAGUGAUGGAGCUCAACCAAAAUGGGGCAGAAGGGAAAGGAGUCAAGAGAGCUCUCGAGGAUGACGACCCGGAGAUGCCCGAAGCCGACGCCGACAUCCAGAAGGAGAAACCCAAGAAGAAACGCUCCAAACGUGCCAGGGGUCCCCCGCUUCCCAAGAACGCUCUCAUGCAACUCAAUGAGAUCAAGCCCGGUCUGAUUUUCAAACCCGCCUUUCAGACAGGGCCUGUGCAUGCGCCGCUAUUCACCGUAGAGGUAGAGGUGAAUUCCGAGGCCUUCCAAGGAACCGGUCGCUCCAAGAAACUUGCCAAGAUGCACGCUGCGGAGGUGGUGCUUAACUCGUUUGUCCAGCAUCCUAACCCAUCUGAGGUGCUUCGGGUCGUCGGACAGCCAGUGUUCAAUUCUGAUUUCACGGCAGACAACUUUGAGAAUCCAAAGAUUUUCAAUGCGUUUGAGAAGGAACAACAGAGCAAGAGCUCGUCUGGGACGGAAAUGUCAUCACCCCCAAAUGGGAACAAAAUGAGCCUUCUUGCAUCUCCUCUCAACUCUGCAAGUGCUCUGUCCUCGGACAGCAGGAAGAACCCCAUCAUGAUGCUGAACGAACUCAAACAAGGCGUCAAGUUUGAGAUGAUCUCCGAAUCCGGCCAGAGCCACGCCAAGAAUUUCAUCAUGGCAGCCAUCGUGGACGAACAUAAAUUUCAGGGCUCGGCAAGGAGUAAGAAACUUGCCAAGGCCCGGGCAGCUCAGGCAGCCCUCUCAGCAUUAUUCAACAUAUCGCCUGUGGUUUUACCAGGUCUUCAACCCAUCCCGAGUGACGGCCUGCAGUUGCACGUCCCGCAGGUGCUUGCAGAUCUCGUGCAUUCCUUAGUAGAAGGCAAAUUCAGCGAUCUGACCAGCGGGCUGCCCAGCAACAUGGCGAGACGGAAGGUCGCUGCCGGCAUCGUCAUGACCAAGGGAGAGGGGAUUGAAGAUGCUCAGGUCAUAUCCCUUGGUACCGGCACAAAAUGCAUCAACGGGGAGUACAUGUCGGAUCAGGGCCUCGCUAUCAACGAUUCCCACGCCGAGAUCAUCUCAAGACGCGGCCUGAUGAGGUUCUUCUACGCUCACCUGGAGCACAUCAGUCAGAACGAGGGAGAGAAGUCCAUCUUUGUUCCGAGCCCGUCCGGAAAAGGUUACACCCUCAAGGCUGGGAUACAGUUUCACCUGUACAUCAGCACGUCGCCCUGCGGAGAUGCUCGCAUUUUCUCUCCCCACGAAGCGACGGGGGAAGAGAACUCUUCCACUGAUAAGCAUCCGAACCGAAAGGCAAGAGGGCAGCUGCGCACCAAGAUUGAGUCGGGCGAGGGCACCAUUCCAGUCAGGUCAGGUCCACUCAUACAGACGUGGGAUGGGGUCCUCCAGGGAGAACGUCUCUUGACCAUGUCAUGCAGUGAUAAGUUGUCACGUUGGAAUGUUCUGGGUAUGCAAGGGUCCUUACUAAGUAACUUCAUCGAGCCAGUCUACUUGAACAGCGUCAUUCUGGGCUCCCUCUACCAUUCCGAUCAUCUUUCCAGAGCCCUGUACGCCCGCCUGGGUGCCCUGGAGGAGCUGCCCGCCUCAUUUCACCACAACCACCCCAUGCUUAGCGGGGUGAGUAACACUCAGAGUCGCCAGCCGGGCAAGGCGCCCAACUUCAGCGUCAAUUGGACUGAAAAAGAUGCCGAGUUGGAAGUGAUCAAUGCGACGACGGGAAAGCAGGAGGUGGGGCAGCCAUCGCGCGUCUGUAAAUCAUCGCUGUUUGAGACGUUCAAGAGCUUGUACGGGAAGCUGUCCACGACGACAGAGCAACAGGCUACCCCUCCGAGGACGUACGCAGAGGCCAAGGCUCUUGCCGUGGACUACAACCAAGCCAAGGCGGUCAUGGUUCAGGGCUUUGAGAAGGCAGGACUGGGCGCUUGGAUCAAGAAACCAAUGGAGCAAGAUCUAUUCGAGUGAAUCAAGUACGAUCAGUUGUCGGUGAUCACAGCUGAUUAUCUUCAUUUUGUUACUUUUAAGGGUUAGUCACUUUUUCGUGCGCAAUAUUUGCAAGCAGGCAUCGACUUUUCAGAAGUUUUUGUUGUUGUUCCACAUACUUUAUUCGUCAUUGAUUAAAUUGUAUGGGCCAAACUUUUCCAUGUGCACAAGAUCCUUGUCUUUCAACCCGUUUCUAUUAUCUUUAUGAAACGCUUCAAACUCCAAAUGAUUUAUGAUGAACACAUGAAUAUUCAGUUGUUGUUGAAAAGAAAACUAGAUUUUGAUGCCUUUACUUAAUGGAUUCAUAAAAUCCAUGAAUUGAAUCCAAGUUAAAAUAGGAACAAGUGUGGAAGCAAAGCUUAGUGGGAAAAUGAAACUUACACUGCGCAAUGUUAAUGUAAAGCUGCUCACAGCGCUUAAUUUUGUGUGUUUUGACAGCCAAAUACUUUUUUAAAGGAAAUAAUAUGAAAAUAAGUUAAAACUUUCUUGAAUAUGCCAUAUUAUGAUGUCUUUGAGAAUAUGUGGUAGCAGGUGGCAUUGAAACAACACAGUGGGUUUGUACUGAGAUUUCAAUGAAGCGUCUAGCUAUUGCAAGGGGACUGACGUAAUACUUGUAAGUUAUCGCUACCAUCGAUAGCGCACCAUAUCAAUACCUCUCGUCACUUAACCCUGGUAGGGGUGUGCUAAAAAUCAAUGCUGAUUGGUUCCCAAAAGUGACUGCUUUACGCACACUUGCGGUAAAAGCUUCUGACUGCUUGUAUGGCGCUUGUGUGACGCUUAGUACGUGCAUGUCAAAAUGCAAGUAUUUGGAUGCGAUUCCCCCAAAAAAAGAAUUCAGUUUUUACACAGUCACCCUAAGUCACAUGAUCAGAAAAAUAAGAGGGUACCAGUUGCUGUAGGCCUACGACUUGAUUCUACUUUUGCAGGCUACAUUACUUGAGCGCAUAUUUAGAGUGGAUCAGCCACAACCCUCAAAUGUUGGAAGCCAUCAAAUGUUGUUUAGCCUGGUAUCACUUGCAAGUUUAUGAUACACCGGUCAGGGGAUCACAUAAAGGAUGGGAAUGCCAUAUAGGUAGAUGUUUUUUUUUUUUUAUGCAAAUUUUCACUCAUCUGCUUAUGUUUGCAAAUUUUACCCAUUAAGUUAAUAAAUCAACAUAAGUGAAACAUUGAGGAAUAACUGCUCUCAACAUGUACUUAAGGUUUUUAAUUUUGGUUUUUACCCAUACACCUAUUUGUGUCGGUACUUUCCCAAGUCCUGUGUAAAAAAUUUCACGGGAAAGUACACAGUGCGAACACACAUAUGGGGUUAAAAAAUCAAAAUUAAUAUUCUUUAUCCCCGAUGCAAAUUAAACAUCUCUUACUUUAGGUUUGUCCUCCAGUACUGUCUGGGGGUAGUUUUGUUUGGGGUCGUUUGUCUCAGUCAAAUGAAAUCGAAGCUGCAGCCAAACAAGGUCAUGGAAUACACCUUGUAAACUAGAGUCAGAUGCCCUUGCCAAUUCCCUUUGGUUCUAUCAUGUCUUAUCAGAUUAUGCAGCCGUGGCACUCUGCCAAAAGUUCCUUGCAUGCAAUGUUAUCUGUACCAUACACAUUACAUGUACAUUAUUCAUGUAUCCAUCCACAGAAAGUUAUCCAGUUACAAAUAUGUGUAUAACUUGACCACCGUUUGGGCUUUUGAAAGGAAUUUUUGGUUCUCCUAGAAAGAAAUGUGAUCAAUAGACUCUUUGGAUAUGCUCAUCUAGACAAUGCGCGGUACCAUUUCCGCCUCUUGGGGAUCAUUUCCUUUGUGUGCAUUUUGACUUCCAAGUUGCUUCCCGUAAUGGCGGACAGUACUGGCAUGUGCAAGAGGUCUAUAGAGGGUAGAUUCCCAGAGCUGUGUACUGAGAGAGUUGCGACAUGCAGAGGGUCUAGUUUUCUGGCUGCUGGACACCAUUUUAGGGUUUAAAUGCAGUGCAAUCCUAUGGUUAGACUAGGCUGGCACCCUGUUUUUGCCCAUGCAUUUCGGUUGACUCAAAGUUGCUUCUAAUCGCAAGUUGACGCAUUUCUUUUUAUAUGUGGCUCUGGUGAUUCCAAUAUAGUGCACCCUCUACAAUCUGCUCAUAAAGGAUCUAGUGAAUCAAGAAGAAAAAUCACAGUUGCAACUUAGCAGCAAACUGGCAGUUUGAGACCAAUUCAAAUGGUUGACAUGAGCAAGAUUGUAUAACAUUCACAAUCUUCCCCCCAAAAGUACUUAGUCAAUGCCAUGAACUCAAUAGAAAAAAAAAAUGAAAUACAGAAACGUAAUAUAAGUAUCGAUUUUUUUGUUUUGAUAUUGCCAAAUCCCUGUAGUAGUACAAAUGAAACAUUAUGUGAACUAGUGGCUCUCCUCUCUUACAGUAUCUUCAUUAUCUGUAAGCGUAAAAAGUCUUUAAAGGCAUUGUAAAUAGGAUUAAUUUAAUGCUUACAUGUACUUUUUCAAAAGU